CUGACAGCCUGGGAGAAAGAACGAUACAUGAGAUACGUCAAAAAAUCCAAGGAAUAUCGAAGUGACUUCGUGGUUACGUCUACUUCUUACGAGGAGAUAUACAGAACCGUUAUGCACGGUGGGGACCCAUCGCACUUCUUUUCUGAUGUCACUAGCUAUGACCUGUUCACGUGGAUGCAUUACUAUGCUGCACGUGACACCAUUUUACCGCAUAAUAAGACUGAAUCUGAUAUUGACUUUGCACACGAUGGUCAGGGAUUUCUCUCAUGGCAUCGGUUGUACUUGUUGGCAUGGGAGAGAACCUUGCAGGAAGUUGGAAACGAUGAAGAAUUUGCCCUUCCUUUCUGGGACUGGACUGGGAAUCCCACUCAAUGCGACCCCGCAAUUUGCUCUGAAGAGCUCCUUGGCGUAACGGACCAAGUUACUGGCAUUGUGAGGGGCAAAUACUUGAAUGACUGGAACGUCCUUUGCACCAGCGAACAAACCCAUGACCUAACAAGGCCGUGUAACCCUGCCGAUACAAGAGCUGGAUUGAAACGGAACACAGAUGAUGAGAAGGAGAAGAAAAAGAAGGAAAAAGGAUAUACUAUGACAUUUCCAACAAAAACAGAAGUUAACUUCGCGCUCCGUUUUGAAACCUUUGACCUCCCACCCUACAACAAAAGUUCCAGCUGCAGUUUUAGAAACAUCCUAGAGGGUUAUGCCAGCACCGAAACUGGUCGUCACCAUUUUGACGUCCACGACUUGCACAACCGGGUCCACAUAGUUCUUGGAGGAGAAAUGGCGGACGUACCUUCGGCAUCAAACGACCCGAUCUUUGCUCUUCAUCACGCGUUUGUGGAUCGUAUCUAUGAAAAAUGGUUGCGGAAGUUUAAUAAGAGUGCGAAUGUGCUAUCCACUAACGAUGCACCCAUUGGUCACAACAGAGAUGACGUCAUUGUGCCGUUGUUUCCGGUUUACACUCACCAACAGAUGUUCAAGAAAUCAUUCGAGUUCGGUUAUGAUUACCAAGACGUCGAUGAAAAAGGCAGGUCUCCUGAUGACGAGAAAGAAGAUGAAUCAAAGUCUUUGGGAGAUUGUCCACAACCUAAAUACUACCCUAACCUUCCUAAAUCUGCAGCGCCUGGAAAGCUAAUGUGUUGGUGGCUGAUGUCAGUCAUGUUAGUAUGGCAGUUGCUAUUGGCUGAUUGAAGACAGGGAGUGAAGAGAAUUAGCCUGCCUUAGGCUCUUAGUAAGUAGAGAUGCGUGAAAUAGUGAGUGUGGGAAAACUGGGAAGCAAGCAACACAGCGGUCAAACGUCAGAUGUGCUCGGGUGGAUCAAUUCUGGCAGGCCGCGCGCCAUUUUCCCGCGCAAAAUUUCUAAAAAAACAUAAAAACAGCUCCUGUCUCGCAAAAUAAGCGAAAGAAAAUUGAUACGUGCAUCGUUAUCUGUAAGAGGAAAUAAAGUAGGGAAAGAAAACUCGAUAAUUUAAGAACACGAAGCUAAUUCAAGUACGGGUAUCCUGUUGAUUCACCUUUCCGUUUUAAUCUUUAACAAAAACAAAGACGAUUGCAAAACACCUCGACUAACUUACAUGUGAGGCUGUGUGUAACUCGUUUCUGACAGCACUCUACGUAGUAAUUACAACCUGCGCACAUGCGCAGACGUUGGACCGCUGUGUUGAAGUAAGCAGGACGCGGCGGCUGCGGUUACCAAGGAGACGUCUGCAGAUCACGCCCGCUUGCCUGCAAGUUGAAGCGCGCGCCAUUUUUCGCGUGUUCGCUUUCUCGCUCGUCUUCGCUGAUUGAGAGGCUGGAACAGGCUAAGAGAGAAGAAGUGAGGAUGAAGGAAGAGAAGAGUAGAAAUGGUAGAGUCAUAGAGUAGAGCACAGUACAAUAAUGUACAGUAGUAUGAAGUACAGUGGACUUUAAGUCUGGGAAGAUUAGAAGGAAUAACUGAGUAUACCCAAUAUAGGAGAAAAGAGUUAGUUUUUUAGGAGUGUAGCUGUGCUGAGCUUAGUAAAGAAGUAUUAAGAACAUUA